AUGCUGCGGAUUCGGGCAUUGUCGGGUGAAGGCCUCAUUGAGAUUAACUUGGUGAGCUUUCUGGAGAAGCUUCCUGCAGAGAUGAGCCCUGUCCGGGCCCUGAAGCAACACUUGCACAGCACACUUGGGCUGUCAAGGUUCAGGCAAAGGCUGGUGUUUCCGGAUGAUGGUGUGGUUCCAGAUGACGAACGCGCCUUGAGACCCGGCGAAGUUCAGGUCGUGAUCCUUAGCUUCUGCCGAGCAUCUGUGGUGCAAGUGAAGGCGCUUCGGGAUGCUGCAAGAAGCGGGUUGACAUUGGAAGUGGAGACUUUUCUACAAAGGCCGCAAGACCCGGACUUAGGUGAUCCGGCCCCGCUGUUCGAAGCAUCCUGCCGUGGCCACUUGGAGGUAGUGCACCUCCUUCUGGAGGCCAAUGCUGAUAAAAACCGGGCCACGUUUGUUGGUCACACCCCUUUGUUGAUUGCAGCCCAGACUGGGCAGCUAGAGGUUGCCCGCCUUUUGCUGAAGGCCAGAGCGGACAAAGACCAGGCCAAGAAGAACGGUGCCACACCUUUGUUCGUUGCAGCGGCGAAAGGGCAGCUGGAGGUCGCACGCCUUCUGCUGGAGGCCAAAGCGGACAAGGACAAGGCCCCAGACAAGGGUGCCACACCUUUGUAUAUUGCAGCUCAAAAUGGGCAGCUGGAAGUUGCGCGCGUUUUGCUGGAGGCCAAUGCUGACAAGGACAAAGCCCAAGAUAAGGGUGCCAGCCCUUUGUAUAUUGCAGCUCAAAAUGGGCAGUUGGAGGUUGCACGCCUUCUGCUGGAGGCCAAAGCGGACAAGGACCACGCACAAAAGACGGGUGCCAGCCCUUUGUAUAUUGCAGCUAAGAAUGGGCAGUUGGAGAUUGCACGCCUUCUGCUGGAGGCCAAAGCGGAUAAGCACAAGGCCACAGGGAACGGUGCCACCCCAAUGACUGUUGCAGCCGAGAAAGGGCAGUUGGAGGUUACACGCCUGUUGCUGGAUGCCGAUGCGGAGAAGGACGAGACCAAGGAGAACGUGUGA